UGUGACGAUGGAAGAAGAGGUCCACCAGCGAGCAGCCUGAACAGGGACAUCAGGACAGCUCUCUGAGACACUGGGACACAGGAGACAGCAAACAUGCUGAAGCCAAGUGGACUUAAAAUCCCUGGCAGGGCUGGGAAGCACUCCAGCCCCGUGGGACGGACAUCAGGGACCACCACAGCUCCAGUCACCACUGGCUCAAAAGAAGGAGAGUGCCUUCAUGUGAUGUAUUGGGUGCCUGCUGGGAUGGGAAGAUCCUCUAAAGGCUCACCUUUGCACAAGCAGGGUCCCGCCUCCACCGCCAGCACCGAGAAGUCGGGUUCGAAGGUCGCCGAGGUGGGCGAUGAUUUCCUGGGAGACUUCGUGGUGGGCGAACGCGUCUGGGUGAACGGAGUGAAGCCAGGAGUGAUCCAGUACCUUGGGGAGACGCAGUUUGCUCCGGGCCAGUGGGCAGGGGUUGUUCUGGAUGACCCGGUGGGUAAGAAUGACGGCUCCGUCGGGGGGGUGCGGUACUUCGAGUGCCAGCCGCUGCAGGGGAUUUUUACGCGACCGUCCAAGCUGACGCGGCAGCCGGUGGCCGAGGGCUCGGGCAGCGACGCCCCCUCCGUGGACUCCCUGACGGCUCAGAACUUGUCCCUGCACUCGGGGACGGCCACGCCGCCUCUCUCCACUCGCGUCAUCCCGCUGCGGGAGAGCGUCCUCAACAGCGCCAUGAAGACGGGCAACGAGUCCGGGUCCAACCUCUCGGACAGCGGGUCUGUGAAAAAGGGGGAGAAGGACUUACGGCUUGGAGAUCGUGUGCUGGUCGGUGGGACGAAGACGGGAGUCGUUCGCUACGUGGGAGAGACGGAUUUUGCCAAGGGGGAGUGGUGUGGUGUGGAGCUGGAUGAGCCCCUGGGCAAGAACGACGGGGCCGUGGCUGGUACAAGGUAUUUUCAGUGCCCUCCCAAGUUUGGCCUCUUUGCUCCCAUCCACAAGGUGAUCCGGAUUGGGUUCCCAUCCACCAGCCCUGCCAAGGCAAAGAAGAGCAAGAGGAUGGCCAUGGGAGUGUCAGCCCUGACCCACAGCCCCAGCAGCUCCUCCAUCAGCUCCGUCAGCUCCGUGGCCUCGUCGGUCGGGGGCAGGCCCAGCCGCAGUGGGCUGCUGACAGAGACCUCUUCUCGAUACGCCCGAAAAAUCUCUGGCACCACAGCUCUGCAGGAGGCACUGAAGGAGAAGCAGCAGCACAUUGAGCAGCUGCUGGCAGAGCGUGACCUGGAGCGGGCAGAGGUGGCCAAAGCCACCAGCCACAUCUGUGAGGUGGAGAAGGAGAUUGCCAUCAUGAAGGCCCAGCACGAGCAGUAUGUCACAGAGGCAGAGGGAAACCUCCAGCGAGCACGAGCCUUGGUGGAUGGGAUGCAGAAGGAGAAGAUUGAGCUGUUGAACCAGCUGGAAGAGGAGAAGAGGAAAGUGGAGGACUUGCAGUUCCGUGUGGAGGAAGAAUCCAUUACAAAGGGGGACCUGGAGACUCAGACGCAGUUGGAGCAUGCCCGAAUACGGGAGCUCGAGCAGAGCCUGCUGUUUGAGAAGGCACAGGCUGAAAAACUCCUCAGAGAAUUAGAGGACACCAGGUUAACAACAGUGGCAGAGAAGUCCAGGAUCCUGCAGCUGGAGGAGGAGCUGAGCCUCAGGCGCAGCGAGGUGGACGAGCUCCGCCAGUGCCUCAGGAGCUCUCACCAAGCAGAGAGCCCUGAGCAUAACCUGGGCUUGCAGUCGGAGGCUCUUCGGCUGCGGGAUCAGCUGCUCUCUGCCAACAAGGAGCAUCAGAAGGAGAGCAGCCAGCUGAAGGAGAAGUAUGAGAAGACGUUAAAGAAGUACCAGCAGGAGAUGGAGAAGCUGAAGUCUGUCAACGAGAAGUACUCGCAGGAAAUCGUUGACCUAAAGCAUAAAGUUCAGCAAGCCACUAACGAGAACAUGGGGCUCAUGGACAACUGGAAGUCCAAGUUGGACACGUUGGCUUCUGACCACCAGAAGUCUCUGGAGGACCUGAAAGCCACACUGAACUCAGGCCCUGACACCCAGCACAAGGAGAUCGUGGAGCUGAAGGCAGUGGUGGAGAGUAUAAAGAUGGAGCACCAGCUUGAGUUGGAGAACCUGAAAGCAAAGCACGACAUUGAGACAGCUGUGCACGUAAAGGAGAAAGAGAGUCUCAAACUGAAGCUGCAGGAGGCUUUGGAUGAAGUGGAAAAAAGCAACAGCAACUGGAAAAUGCAACUGGAAACCAAAAGCAGUCAGCACCUUCUUGAGCUCCAGGAUGUGAAGGACAAGUGUCGAGAUGCUGAGCUGAGGGUGCAUGAACUGGAGAAACUUCAUGGUGAAUACACAGACCAGACAGAAGCAAUAGCUUUCUUGAAAGAGCAGAUUUCUUUGGCCGAGAAGAAGAUGUUGGACUAUGAAACGUUACAGAAAACAGAAGCCCAGAGCAAACAGGAGAUCCAAAGAUUGCAGGAAAAAGUGCUUGUCUUAGAGAACAAGCUGCAGUCCAUGGAGGCCCUGCACCCUUCUCAGCAUGCAAAUAUGAUUGAAACUAAUGAUAUUUCAGAAGAAAAGAUAAAGAUGAAGCAGACUAUGGAAGACCUCCAAGACAAGCUGAGUAAAAGAGACAAGGAGGUGUCAUCCCUGGUGUCCCAGACUGAAACUCUAAGGGCCCAAGUAAGUGCUUUGGAAAAUAAAUGCAAAACAGCAGAAAAGAAGGCUGAUUCAGUGUUCAAAGAAAAGAAGAGGCUGGAAGGGGAACUGGAAGCCUUGACCAAGAAAACACACGAUGCUUCAGGGCAACUGGUCCUGAUUAGCCAGGAACUGCUCAAGAAGGAAAGGAGCCUGAACGAGCUGAGAGCCUUGUUACUGGAGGCAAACCGGCACUCACCGGGGCCGGAGCGCGACCUCAGCCGGGAAGUGCACAAAGCUGAGUGGAGGCUGAAGGAGCAGAAGCUCAAAGAUGACAUCAAGGGGCUGCGAGAGAAACUGGUUGUGCUGGACAAGGAGAAGUCUGUGACGGACCAGCGGCGAUUCUCCCUGAUCGACCCCUCGUCGGAGUCGGAGGUGAUCCGGCUGCAGCACCGGCUCGUCAGCACGGAGGACGUGCUGCGCAACGCGCUGGAGCAGGGGCACCAGAUGGAGAAGCUCAUGGAAGCGAUGAGGCUCUCCUCUGAGAAAACACAGACUGUUGGAAAUUCUGGGUCUUCUAACGGGAUUCACCAACAGGAUAAAUCCCACAAGCAAGAGGAGAAGCUCUGAUAGAGAAGAGGUGAAGAGGAUCAUUUCACGCCAGUAUCAGCUCCUCUGCACAGUCAGGAAAAACAACACCACAUCUGGCUUUUAGCACCUCCAAAAGACCACACACAGUAUUUUCACUUUAAGGAAGGACAAUGUUUAUAAUGUAGUAACUGAUGUAAUCAGGACAAUCCCGGAGUCCAGUUUUCCAAGACAGCCAUUGUUCCAGGAGGGAGCAGAAGGAUCUCUCUGGGUUUGGUUUCUUACUUGUAUUGGUUUUGACUGUGGAAUUUGUGUUGUUUGAGCUGCCCUUGCCCCACCAGCUGACAUGGUCUGGGUGGCAGCUGCUCUGACCGGUGGCUGAAGUGUCAGCGAGUCCCAGUAACCCCACAGGAGCUGCAAAGGGAUUUGCUUGUGGUGUCCAACUCCAAAGUGUGUGCCCAGAGGCUGCACACUUCCCACGGGGUCUGUCCCUUCCCUCCCACCCACCCUGAUGUCCUGAGGACCUGCACAAGUGAGUGAAACCUGCUGGCAUGAGGGAAAACAGGGUGUGGGGACGUGUUCCCCUCCUCUCAUUGCAGAAGACAUCACUGUUUUAGAGCACAGAGGCUGCACUUACUUCUUGUAUCAUAGCAUGUUGUGGGAAAUAAUCCAGUUUCAGAGGAAUAUUUAUUUUGUUUCUCCCCCCCUGCUGUUUCUGGGGAAGGAGCUGUGGUGGCUCUGAGUUUGGGGACAGGCACACUUCUCUCAGGUGUUGGUGGCCUUUCUUCCUGCAGUGAGAUCUUUGAGUAGACCUGCUGAUGUCCCAUGCCACAGCCUGUCCAGCCUGGCCCCCCUCACUCCUUGGGGUUUUAUUGGGUCUGUUUUGAACUCAAGAUCCAGAGAUGCUGGAUCUCAGGAUCACUGGCCUGGGAACUCCAUGUUGGGGGCAGUCAGUGUGGGACAGAUGGCUUGGGGAGAAGGUUCCCUCCUUGCCUGUUUAAUGUAUCAGCUGAUUGCCUGGCACUUUCCAGAACUGUCCUUGGCUCUUCAGUGGGAUAACCUGGGAUGGAUGAGGUGAAGGUGCUGCUGUGAGCCCUCAUACUGACUCUGGUAUGGCCUGAGUGUGAGUAUUUGGAGCAGGGGAAAUCCAGGAGUGGAGCCUGCACAGCUCUCGUGUCUGUACCAGCAGUGCAGACCCAGGCAAGGAUCCUGUGCCUUCUUCCCAAGGCUUUACUCUAACUUUGGACCUCAGCUCCCAAAGGACACGAGGGCAGAGGAAGGGGUCAAUGUGCUCUUAAAGGUGUGAGAGAGCCCAGCUCAGGUUCACUGUUCAGUACCACAGGGAACAGUCACAGUAAUAUUUUACCAGGUUUCCCCCCUGUUAAUGCCCAACUCCUCCAGUCUUAUGAGCUCUUGUGUUAUGAUGGGGCAUCUGUGAAAGGACAGGAUGGAAGAGACCACUGGGAGAGGAGAUCUGAGCCAGAUCCCAGGCAGGUGAACAUGAUGGCACAUCAGCUCCAUUGCUUUUUGCCCUGAUUUCCCACAUAGUUGUGUUACUUAUUCAUAGUAAGGAUUGCUGGACUCCUGCUUCCUGGAAGGGUGGGCAGCCAGAAGCAGCCUGGGAAAGACUUGGGCUUCAUGGCUGCAAUUCUGCCAUGAGGAGGAUGAUGCUGAAUACUUGACCCUGCUCACUCAUGAUUAGUGAUCUCCCAUCCUUCAAAGGAGGCUGGGAGAGGAAGGGGGCUUCAGGGGAGUAAAGCAGGUCAGAAAGCACAGCAGAAAUCUGGCACAUGGCACUGGAAGGUAGAGCCUAGGAUUGAACUGGCUGGAAGUAAUUCACAUGGGAUCCCAUCCUGCCUUGUAGAGUGUUUCUUCGGGAAAGAUUGCCACAUCUCUGCCUAGCUCUGGGAGUUUCCCUAGGGUGGUCUCCAAAAUCCUCCUGGUGGUGUAUUCAUCUUCUAAGUGAUUUAGGAAAGUCCCAGAGGGAGUGUUCAUUUGUUACAGCCCUCAAUAGAGAUACCUCACUGGGAGCUGCUGUUUUAAAUUUUAAGAAUUUAGGGCUGGUGUUUCCCAAAGUGCUCCUGUUGGCUGGAUGGUCUCUAAAGUCAUGUCUGCAGCUUCCCAGGGCUUCCUGGGCCCUUGCAGGAGGGAUGCCCCAUUCUGGUUUGUAAGUUAUUUUCCCUGAUAGGUCUUCUGGUGACUUGUGACCAGCUGCCUUCACCUACAGAGGAAUGAUACCUGUGCUUUCCACCUCCCUUUGGCUCUGUACAGGGCAGGAUUCACCAGGAGUGGUUAUGGGGACCAUUUAUUUGGUUCUGUUAAUCAGAUCCGAAGUUGUCAGGCUGGAGGAGUCUCUGGCUCCUGCCUCCUCCUGGGGACCAUCCCCUGAGAACAGCUCAGACCUGUGGCUUUUCCUUUUCAGCUCGGGUGACAGUGCAGAACAGCAGCAGAUGAGUCAGAGCAGGUUCAGAGUUGGUGCUGAUGGUCUUUUCUGGCUGUAAAGAGCUGUACUGGUCCCUAAGGAUCAGCCAGGAGCUGACAGCACUGCUUGGCUCUCUGUGGAGGCUCUGUGGUUGUCCUGUUGCAGGGCUGUACCCAAAUGGGCAGUGGGGUGAAGCUCCCAACACCCUUGGGGUGCAGGUCCAUGGGAGCUGCUCCCAAAUGGGACCAACCACAACACCAACAGGACAUGCUGUCACACACGUGUCAUCUGGGCUUCAACCCAACCCUGUGUAAGGGGCCAGGAGGGGUUAGACCUCAGUCAUGUCCUCCCUCUCCAAAAUUGGCACAGGCUUCCCCAGGGCACUGGCCUCUGGCUGCCCUUCUGAGGUUAUAAGAGACCAAACUAGGGACAGACUUGGAAAGGACAAGGAGGAGAUUCCCCAGCCCCUCUAUUUAUUUGUACGUUUGAGUGCUAUUUUUGCCUAUGUGGUGGUGUAUAAAGUACUUCACAAUACUUGUUCUUACUGGCUUGGUUCUUCGGGAGAGGUUUCCAAGGGCAUUGGAGGGCUGAUGCACCAUCUCCUGCUGUCGAUCCGGGCUGGUUCCUGUUUGUGCCUUCACUCCCCCUUCGGCUUCAGCCUUGCUCUUCUCUCGAUCCCCCAGAGCUGGUGUGGGGGGCUGUGCUCUCCCCAGCCCUUCUCCCAGCCCAGGAGUGCCACGCUGGCUUUCCAUCUGGAGCUGGGUCCUGAGCAUCGUGCCCCAGAGUUGCAGGGUUGGGAGCAGGAGGUCACGCACUGCUGGAGCUCUGGGCUCCGAGGGAAGGACCAGCACCCCGGCUGUGGGAGCAGCCCCAGGGCCAGUGGCAUUACCCUGACAGUUAGUGAUGCUUUUCUGCUGAAAGCUGAGCUGCUAUCCAGUGAAAAAAAAGCCUUUGGAAUGGAGACUACUCUGUGUUGAGUGAUUUCUUCUCUAACUCACAAGACCAAAGGGAAAAGAAUCAGUCUUGCUUGGGGAUUUCAGCUUUAUCCCUCCUGCAGCAUCCAGAGAGCUGGAGCAAGGGGCAGCACCGUGCUGGUGCCCUAUGGAAUGAUUGUGUCAGGCUGCCAGCCAAGGCCUUACAGCUCCUGCCUCACCCCAGCCACCAGCAGCUCCUCUGGCUUGCAGUAGAGAUGCAUGAGGGUUUCAUUAAACAAAAUGAUGCAAAUUACACUGUAAAAGUCUUAACAGAAAUUCUAGUACUCCAUUAUUUGGCAGCUUUAGCAGCUCAGCACUAUCUGUAGGGAGUUAUUAAUACACUAAGAUCCUAUAGGCCUCAUGUAAGUUACCAGAAUAAAGACAAUACUAGAUGUAUAAAUGGAUGAUAACCUUUUACCCGUACAGUAUGUAUUACAAUUUUGUAGCUUAGUCAUUUUUUGGCUAUCAGAUUUUGUUAGUAUGAUAUAAAAAAAAAAAAAAAAGACAAAAAAAAAGGUUUGACUGCUAAUGUCUAUUUUGUUAUUUGAUUCAUUUUCUUCCUCUGUACAAAAGCUGUACAAAUCUGUCUGUGUAACUCCUCCACAUCUGUAUUCAUGUACCACCCCCCUGUCCUGGCUUGCUGGUGUGGUGAGCUCGUACUAAACAAUAAACUCUGUGGCUGAA